AUGGAGCAGCGUCGAACCGGCAUCACCAUCGCCGAGCUCCUCAACCCAGUUGAGGACACUGGGUCAGCCGCGCCGGCUCAUUCACACUCUCCCAAUGGCGUCCCGGCCAACGGAGAGCAGGGGGUCCAAGAGGAUGAAUAUUCCUCGGAAGACUCCUCGGACAGUGAGGACAAGGGACUGUUCCGCGGGUUCGUCAGGUGCCCGGGGUGCAUGAAGGUGUGCCACUACAAGCACCUGGCUGACCACCGAAAGGAGCACUUCCUCAAGGGCACCGAAGGGGUGGCAGUCCCCGCUGCCAAUAAAUGCAAUCACUGCAUGAAACGGGGACAUCAGUGCAUCGUGGCAAAGCAACCGUGUCAAAGGGAACUCAACACGGUCCGAUGCCUGAACUGCAUCGUCAACAAGGAGGCAUGCUCCUUCGUGAAGACUUAUAAGCAUCUGCCCAUGAGCAGUAUGAACUACCACCCUGCAAGGAUGGUUCACCAUUAA